GCGGCCAAGCAGUCGCAGGAACAUUCAGUUGUGCCGCGAACGUUGUGCGCUUCACACGUGCUUCCUCCUCUCCUCUCAGUCACUCAAUCGUUGCAGUGCCGGGCAAAAGCUUACAGCAUACUCGAAUAACUGUAAAAGAGAAUUAGAAAAGCUGUCAAAGUUCAUAGAAAAGAUCCAAGUGUCAUUCAGUGUUUUGUGUGUGGUUCUUUUUGAUGUCUGUAAACACCGAUCGAUCCUACAAAAUGAAAUUGCGUGAUGUGGAAAAUGCCUUCAAGUACAGGCGCAUACCGUACCCCAAGCGUUCUGUGGAGCUGAUAGCUCUGUUGGCCAUAUCGUGCACCUUCUUUCUGUUCAUGCACACAAACAAAUUGAACAGUCGCCUCAAGGAAAUGGAGGUGAAGCUGCAGCCAUCGGAAUUCUCGGCCCUGGGUCUAACCGGCAAUCACAUAAGCGGACAUGAUGCGGGCAAACACGAUGACAUCAAUACGCUGCACGGCACCUAUCAAUAUCUGAAGAGCACCGGCCAGCUACAACACCUGACCAGCGCCCAAUUGAACAACACGUCGCACUCCAAACUGGAUACACUGUUCUUCAAUCGGGUGCCCAAGACGGGCAGCGAGAAGCUGAUGGCGCUGCUCAAAUUGUUGGCCAAACGCAACAAUUUCGAGGCGCGUCGCGAUCCCGAACAGCUGCUCGAAACGAUUCUCAUCGACAACGGCUUCGCACGCCAUUUACUCGAUGCCGAAAUACUCAAUUGCAGCACACCAAAUUCCUACACAAAGCACGUGGCCUUUGUCAUCUUUGCCGCGUAUCAGAAACCAUGGCCCAUCUACAUAAAUCUUGUCCGAGAUCCCAUCGAACGGUUGAUCAGUUGGUUCUAUUAUGCACGUGCUCCAUGGUAUUUGGCGGAUCGUGCCAAUACAUUUGGUGAGGCGUAUAAAAUGCCCUCGUCGGAGUGGCUGCAAAAGGAUUUCAAUCGUUGUGUCCUCGAGCGGGACCCAGAGUGUGUCUAUGAGCAGCUGGAGAUGGGCAAUCUGGGUGACCAUCGAAGGCAGACGCUCUUCUUUUGUGGCCAGAAUCUCAAGAUUUGUAUGCCAUUCAACUCCCUUGAGGCCAUGCAACGCGCGAAGCGGAAUGUGGAAAAGCGUUACGCCGUCGUAGGCACUUGGGAGGAUACGAACACAACGCUCAGCGUGCUGGAGACAUAUAUACCACGAUUCUUUGCCGGCGCCCGGGACGAAUACUAUGCGAUGCAGCGGCAAGUGGAGAAUGUGAAUCGGAAUGCGUUGAGGCCGACAAUCAGCGAGGAGACGCGAUUGCUUCUCAGCAGGAAUCUGACGCACGAGAUUGAGUUCUAUCAGUUUGCCAGGCAGCGUCUGAAUAAGCAGUAUAUAGCACAUCACUUGGAGAGAGAUCGCUCAGUUAGCGGCUAAGAAUUCAAAAAUAAAGAAAAUAUAG